AUGAUAUUCGAUGUACCCGUCACUGGACCAUAUGCGGAAGGCGCAUUCUUAGUAGUUGAACGUGAAAUGCAAAGGGCAAACCUCAUCUCAAUGUUUAUCAAGAAUUUUCGCUUUUAUGAUUUCGAGGGCAAGAAGUGUGUGGUGCAGAUCUUUAACAAUAUGCUUAAAAGAUCGAUUGGCGUUCCAUCGAUUACUGUAAAAUAUAUCUGCAAAAAGCCUAAAAUCCUUCUUAGACUCAUGGCCGGCUACGAGAAUGAGGAGAAUGCGCACGACUGUCACUCGAUGUUGAGCGAGUGCACCCGUUACCAACAACUUGCCAAGAAAAUGUUACAUUCGGAAGCGUUCUUCAACCUUUUCCGUUACGUCGAGGUCCUCAAGUGCGAUGUCUCGUUCGCUGCAUUUUCUAUGCUCAAGCAAUUACUCACAGGCCACAAGCGCCUAUGCGCUAAGUUUCUUGAGCAAAACUAUGACGUAAUGUUCACGCAUUACAAACAGUUGCUUAGCUCGGAGAACUACAUCAUACGGCGCGAAAGUGUUGCGCUGCUUAGCACACUGCUAGACGAUUGGCACAACGUGACGAUUAAGAGGAAAUAUAUUAGCGAUCCAGACAACCUCCAACUAAUUGUGAACAUGCUAAGCGAGAAACAUCGUUGCGUACCGCACAACGUGUACGACGUCUUGAAGCUGUUUGUGACUAAUCCGGACAAGCCAAGACCAAUAAUUGACAUAUUGGUGCACAACCGAGAGAAGUUGAAUCAUUAUAUAUUUCAGGUCACCACCGAUCGCCCAGAAGAUGCUCAGCUAGUCGCCGAAAAAAUUGGGUUGAUCAUAACUAUCACGUAUCUGACAUCGGAUUAA